AUGCGGCCACUUACCGAGGACGAAUCCAAAGCCCUCUUUUCCAAGCUUGCUAAUUACAUUGGAAAAAAUCUCAUUCAUCUCAUUGAUCGACCGGAUGAACCAUACUGCUUCAGACUUCAUAGAGACAAAGUUUUCUACGUCUCUGAGUCCUCUAUGCGCCUUGGUAUAUCAGUCGCGAGACAAAACCUCGUCAGCCUUGGCACAUGUUUUGGAAAAUUCAGCAAAUCUGGGAAGUUCAAGUUGCAUAUAACAGCUUUGGACUAUGUCGCUCAGUACGCAAAAUUCAAGGUAUGGAUUAAGCCCAACGGCGAGAUGCCAUUCCUCUAUGGAAAUCAUGUUGUGAAAGCCCAUCUGGGGCGCAUAACUGAAGAUACACCAGAACACCAAGGUGUCGUCGUCUACAGCAUGAAUGAUGUGCCGCUGGGUUUUGGUGUUACGGCCCGGUCAACAAUCGACACCCGAAAGCUAGAUCCAACAUCCAUCAUAGUAUUUCACCAAGCUGAUGUUGGCGAAUACUUGCGGGACGAAGAGAGUUUGAUCUGA